AUGGUUGCGUACUACAAUCCCUUUAGGACGUUGGUUCACAGUAUCUGCGACUCCUCCGGACUUGAUGCGACCUCGGUGAAAACAUUGCUAUGUCUGUUCUUGUCGUUCCCAAUAAGUGCCAUUUUCAAGAGAUUACCAGAUACUAGAUACAGGUUGAAGAACUUUUACAUCAUCAUUGCAAGCUCGGUGUAUAUUUUUUUCAUUAUCGAAAACUUUGAAGGGUUCUUUGUUCUUUUGGGCAAUGCAUUGUUCACUUAUUUUUUGACUAGGUACUACAAAUCAAGAUUCAUGCCAUGGGUCAAUUUGAUUGUCUUGAUGCUGUUACUAUGUCUCAACCAUAUCAGGGCGCAGUUGUCUGCUGUUGAGGCCGACCCAGAUGAGGUUGAUUUUACCGGCGCACAGAUGGUGUUGGUGAUGAAACUAAGUUCCUUUGCCUGGUCAUACUGGGAUGGGCAACUGUAUAAAAAGGAUAAGGAGAAAUUCGACAAGCAUUUGAACGUUUACCAGAAGAGUAGAAUCAUAGUUGAUCACCCAAGACUAUUGUCGUACUUGGGAUAUGUUUUCUUUUAUGCGUCAUUGUUGACUGGCCCCUCUUUUGAUUACGCUGAUUACCAGAAAUUUAUUUUGACUGAUUUGUUUGACGAUGUUCCGGAAUCCAAGAAGCCAGGACGUAGACGGAAGAGGAAAAUUCCUAAAAGUGGCAGAGUGGCAUUGAAGAAGGUCUUGGCUGGCUUUUUCUGGGUGGGUCUUUUUGUUUGGCUAACUCCUCUAAUCACAAUCGAUUACUCUUUAUCUGAAGAGUUCAGCGUGAAACCCUUUAUUUACAAACUAUUGUUUAUUUGGUUACUUGGGCUUACAGAAAGACUGAAAUACUAUGCAGUUUGGCUGAUAAGUGAAGGCGCUUGUAUUGUGGUAGGUUUGGGAUAUAACGGCUACGACUCGAAUAAAGAUAAGAUGUACUGGAAUAGAGUUCAGAAUAUCGAUCCUAUCAGAUUUGAAACCGGCCAAAACGUCCAUGACUGUCUUGAAGCGUGGAACAUGAAUACGAAUAAAUGGUUGAAGAAUUUUAUCUAUCUGAGAACAUGCACAAGAGAUCCGAAAACAGGCAAACUAAAAGCCGGUAUCAUCCCAACGUUGAUAACAUUCGCCACGUCUGCAUUCUGGCACGGAACAAUGCCUGGCUAUUACCUAACGUUUAUUUUGGGUGCAUUCUUACAAAGUGUUGGUAAGAUUUACAGAAGGAACUUCAGACCGAUUUUUAUUAGCAAAAAUGGCAGCAAUGUUUCACCUCACAAAAAACUCUACGACUUGGUCUGUUGGGUAGUAACACAACUAGCUUUUGGUUACGCUGUUCAACCGUUCUGCAUCCUGGAAUUGAAAAAGUCUCUUUUAGUAUGGAGAGAAAACUACUUUUGGGUUCAUGUUGGAUGCGCAACAACUUUGUUUGCAUUCAAUGGACCAUUUGGCAAAUCCCUCUCUAAAUUUCUCCAGAAAUAUCAUUUGCCUGAUAAACAGAUUGAGGAGAUCGAAGAGAAGCCUGAAGUUCCAAUUUCGAUCAAAUUGGCAACAUUGAAAGACCAAUUUGAUUCUACGACAGACUUAUUAGAGGUAUUGAAGAAUGCCAACAAUAAGCAACCUACAGCGGAGCUACCAGAGUUCGAUAACCAAGAAGAACUAAAGGAUAAUGUUAUCGAAUUUAGUGCAAUCGAAAACGACUUUAAUAAGCUUUCGAAGGAGUUUGAGGAAUGGACUGCGCAAUCUAUGAAAGGUAAGCAGCCAGGAGAAAUAACUGACGAAGAAAUGGCGCAGUUUAAGAAUGCCAUUACAAACUUUGAACAUGAUCUUUCUGAUUUUGUGAAAAAACUCCAGCCAAAUUGA